AUGCCUCUGAUGGCGACCAGAGCACCACAGGGCACCACACCCCAGACCAAACAGGUACCUCAAUCUCACAAGCACAGACUGGAGGUGGACCUGAGUGACAUUGACACAGAUUCCAGAAUAGAGCACGAGUCGGACGCGACUGAAACAGAGGAUGCGUACAAUGAUCAAAAUGGGGAACCCUCCCCUGAGCCAGGUGUCAGUGAAGCAAGUGAACGAGAACGUGAGAGUUCCACUGAAGAGGUGAGUGAUGACGAUGUGGAGAGGGAAAAGGUUCGGGCCAAGGAACAGUACAUGAAUGAGCUUCAGGAACAGAGGGAGAAACUGCUGCACCAGCAAACACUCGAACGUCAGCAACAGCAGUGGCAGGAAGAACGGGAUGAUGCCAGUGGAGGGGAGAGCAAGCCAGCUCAAAGAACCUCUGGUAAAACGCUGCUGGACAAGGAGAGGGAGCGUUUACUGCAGCAGCAACAACAACAACAACAACAUCAAGAGGGUCAUGUUGAAGAGAGAGGAAAUCGACAAUCUCAGAUAAACGUUGAGAGUGUUACAAACAGCCAGCAGUCUCUGUAUGACUCUGGCAGAGAGGAGCAACCGGAGAACGCUGACCGAGGCAUUAGGGAGAGUGGUGAGGAUGGUGAUAGUGGUGAGAAGGGAAGAGAUGGUGGGACACCUGGUGCCCGUGGGGAGGGGGGUGACCUUGGUGCUGGUGACAUCUAUCAGAGAGGUGUGCAACUGGUGAACAAGGUAGACCCAGUGAGCAAAGCACAAGGCUAUGCGCUGCUGAGAGAGGCUGCUGACAGCGGGCACAGCAGGGCUCUGGAGCAAGUGGCCUACGCACACCUGGUCGGUUCAGCCCUGGAGAGAAACUUCACGUGGUCAUUUGAGAAGUUCAGUGCCCUGGCUGAGAUGGGGAACCCCGUUGGACAGCAGGGUCUAGGGUUCAUGUACUCCACUGGGAUAGGGGUCAACUCCAGCCAGGCUAAGGCUCUUCUCUACUACACAUUCGCUGCUCUGGGAGGACACCAUUUCGCACAAAUGACAAUGGGGUACCGCUCACUGAUGGGGAUAACAGUUGGCCAGAGCUGUGAGACUGCUCUCUACUACUACCAGAUGGCUGCUAAGAAAGUGGCAGAUGAAGUAACCAUAGUGACCGGAGGACUCCUCAUAUCAAAAGUCAGACUGAUGGAGGAAGACGACGAGGCCACCAAUGUGUAUGGAGUGUCAGAAGAUGACAUGAUUCACUAUCACGAUGUAUUCACAGACAGUGGCAAUACUGGGGCUCAGGACUACGAGGCUGCCAUGGAGCACUUCCAGAAGGCCAAGGACAUGGGUCAUGCUGACGGGUGCAGUGGGAUGGGAAUGCUCUACUACUUUGGAAUGGGAGUGGAGCAGGACUAUAUCCAAGCUCUGGAGCUGUUUCAAAUGGCUGCAGACAAGGGCUCAGCGGAGGCUCAGUACUAUCUUGGACACAUGUUCCGCGAGGGCUACGGUACGAAGCGUAAUCUCAACAAAGCUGUGAGAUACUUUCAGCUGGCAUCUCACGGAGGUCACCUGUUGGCUAUCUACAGUCUGGCUGAGAUGCAUGCUGAAGGACAGGCGGUCAAGAGGAACUGCAACUAUGCAGUGGAGCUGUUCAAGGGAGUGGCAGAGAGGGGGCAGUGGACGAGGAUGAUGGAGGACGCCGAGCGGAGCUACGAGGCGGGGGACCUGGACUCUGCCCUCAUGGUCUAUCUCCUCAUGGCCGAGAUGGGACUCGAGGUGGCACAGACCAACGCUGCGUACAUAUUGGAGCAAGAGGGUCUCUCUCUAGUGCAAGAGAAAGAGACUUUGAAGAGGGCACUGAUUCUCUGGAACAGAUCUGCUUCUCAAGGCUAUGCGAUGGCGAGGGUUAAACUGGGAGACUAUUACUACUAUGGUCAGGGUACAGAGGUCAACUACGAGGCGGCAGCUAGCCAGUACCGCAUUGCCAGCGACAAGCAGUCGUCGGCACAAGCCAUGUUCAACCUGGCCUACAUGUACCAGCAGGGGUACGGUCUGAAGAAGGACUACCAUCUAGCCAAGAGGUACUAUGAUCUGGCGGCUGAGACCAGUGGAGAGGCAAAUGUCCCCGUCACCUUGGCUCUGUUGAACCUCAACGUCCUCUACUACUUCGACUGGCUGUCUGAGCCCAUCUUUCCCCCCACUCUCCAGGCUAUGUCAUCGCCAGAGACGGUGGCAGAGGUGGAGGCCGUGGCUGGCCAGAACUGGGACGUGUACCUCAUUGCAUUCCUCUCCGGACUUCUGGCUCUAGUCUUCAUGUGGCGCUGGAGAUACUGA